AAACCCCGCAAAAACCCUGUCUUGAUUCUCCAUUUCUCCACCUUCUUCCUCCCCUUUCUCUCUCCUCCCGCCAUCAAUGGCGGCCAGAUCCUCCGCCACUCUCCGCCUCCUCUCCCGCCUUCUCCUCACUCACCCCUCUCCUCCCACUCUCUCUCCUCUCCACCACCACCAACUCCGCCGCCCUCAAUUCUCUCUCGCCGCCUUCUCCACCGCCAUCCCCGCCGCAACCCCAAAAAGGUCGACAUCGGAGCUCGCGCUCGCCAACUCCAAAACCGCCGUCUAUGGACUUACGCUCUCACCUUUUCCGGCGUCGCUGGUUUCGUCAUCUUAGUCCUUAACAAUUUCCAGGAUCAGCUCGUUUUCUAUGUUACUCCUACUGAAGCGUUGGAAAAGUUUAAUUUGAAUCCUUCCAAGAAUAAGUUUCGAUUAGGUGGUUUGGUUCUUGAAGGUAGUGUUCAUCAACCUCCUUCUUCUCCUGAAAUGGAGUUCGUUAUCACCGAUCUUAUGACCGAUAUUGUUGUUAGGUAUCAAGGAUCCUUGCCCGAUUUGUUCAGAGAAGGUCACUCAGUGGUAGUAGAAGGAUUUGUGAAGCCUUUUACUGAUGAGAUUAAGGAAUCAGGUAUGAGUGGAAAGACCAAGGAGAUUUCAGCAAAGGCGAGGAGUGGGGAGUGUUAUUUUUCUGCCACGGAGGUGUUGGCUAAGCAUGAUGAGAAAUACAUGCCUGGGGAAGUUGCUGCUGCUAUUGAAAAGAACAAGAAAAAGCUCGAUGAAGAGGCAGAGGCACAGAAGACUGCAGCUGCUUGAAAUUUGUCUGUGAGUAUGAACUUAUGAAGCUAACUGGGCUUCGAAUCUUCUUCUCCACCUAAAAUUAUAAGAUUUGGGAAUUGUAACGAGUUAAAUUAGAAAAGCCUGAUAGAGGAAUAGGCUCUAUACUUUGGUAUAGUCUGGAUAAGAGAAAGGGAUGACAUAAAGGAAUUUUGAGGAACUAGAAAAUUAGAAUAUUAAUUGAUUCAACUAUCAUGCCUAUAUUGUAUUUUUCCAAUUAACAUAUUGAUUUUUCCCUGGAAUUAGGGAUUGUUAUAUUCAUGGAUGCUGGUGAAUAAAUGUACUUCAUUCUUAUUUUGCAGUUUUUCUGGCUGCUUUUCUUGAAUGAAAAUCGUGAUUGUGUUUUCUGUAUCA